GAUGUAAAAUUUAAGAUAAUUUUCUAUGAAAAAGGAGUGAUAUAACGUUCACUUUUAAUUUUGGACAUGAUCAAAUCACAUAGAUCAUAGAUGUCAUUCUAUUUUUGGAUAUGAUAAUGACUAGUACAGUAACAUGUCAGGAGGUGAGAGUUUAUCAACAACUGCUAGCAGCCGCGCUGUUACAACUGUUACCAACUCUUUGAGCGCAGUACAUUCUAGUCCAGGUCCGAUUCUUGUAGCUGAUACAUACCCAACUCCUAGUAUUACUCUAACAGACACAUCAACAGGUAUCUUAAAGCCACCACAGUAUAUACCAUCUCCAACAACAAGUCAAGGUGAAGGGCUGAUUCAACAAACCUUCACAAGUCAGAAAUCAACAGUUAAUAUAGGAGAAAGUGUCCAUCAUUUAGCCAGAACAUUGCCUGUUGUUACCCAAGCACAAGAAGGUGCUUACAGACCAUUAUUGUCACUGACACAAAAAUCUACACAAGGAACUGAACUAAUAAGACAACUGUUGCUUAGAAGCCUAACUCCUGAGAAACUCCAACAGUUCAGGUUGCAGCAACUACAACAAAAUCAGCAACAACAACAAAAACAACAGCAGCAAGCAGCAACAGCUCUGCUGUCUACUGUAUCACAGCAGGUAGUCUCCCAGAAACAAGGACAGGAAGAAGUGUCAUCUCCUCAAAGCAUAGCCCAGGAAGUGAUCCCUAGUCAGCAGCAGUUAGCAUCAAAACUUCAGCAAGAACUUAAUAUCAGAAAACAACUUCUGAAUUUACAAAAUUCCAUAAAAGCCCAACAGAGGCAAAGAGCAUUGCAGCUUCAGCAGCAAAUUACUGGUCAGUUUCCGAACACUAGUCCAAGUGCUAGGAACCAACAAUUAUCUACUGACCAGUUCAUUGACCCAGGUGUACAUUCCCAACCCAUUCGUGAGAAAAUACCAUUAGACCUCCAGUCUCACAUGACUGGAGGCAAUAUAGAGGCCAAAGAGAGGCCCAAAGAAAUAACUGAGACAAUGGAGAGUAGGUCCAGCAUAGGUUUAGUCGACCACCAACUUUUUGUAAACACGUGCGGAGAUUUACCGCUAUCCACAGAUUUCACUGAUGCCAGUAUUUAUGCCUCAAGUCCUAAUUCUCUUCAUAUUUAUGAACAAGAAAAAAUAGACAUGCAAAGUAGUAUGGGUGUGAACACAACCUGUACGAGUCUUGAAAGCAACUCUGCAGCAGACGAUUUUGAUCUGAAAACGCAAUAUGAAGUAUCGCAGGACAUCAGUAGUUUCCCACUGACUGAUGUAUCUGCCACAUCCAAUCGAAACUCUAUUUCACAGAUGAUGCAGAAUACAUGUAAUUUGUCUGUGUGGAGUGACAACAUGAAAUCGGCAAAUCAAGAUGUCUAUAUCAAAAUUGAGUCACCAGACAUUCCUGUGUCUGCUGCUCCAACAUUGGCCGAGUUGAACAUGAAUGUUGAUCUUCUCGAUGACAUUGAGUCAUAUAUAAAUUUCGAGAUGAAAGUUGGUUCAAAUGUGUCAUGUUCAGAAACUAAUGUGAAACUGGAAAGAGGGCAAAGUUUGGAAAAGGAGCGUUCAUUUGAUCUGAGAGGACAGACUGGUGGAAGUGGUGUGCGUCUGUCCACAGGUAGUAGUGGUCAGUUUGCACAGAGUCAAAUUUCCAGGACAGUUGUGAAAACUGAGCCAAUGGAGACAGAUGGUAGUUGUGCUGAGGAGUAUCAUAAGUCUUUCACACCAAUGACGGCUGUUAAACCAGAACUUAUUGUGCCGCAGGUAGUAGUGGAGCAUAAAGCUCCAUUGACAACCAUAAAGGAACUUGAUAUUUCAGACUAUAAAACAAUGCAAAGACUUUUGAAAGCACAGCCCCAGCAGGCUAGGGGCGGUCGUAAACGAGCUGUGUCUGAGUCACAGACAUUGAGUAAACCAGUGUCACGUAAAAGGUCAGUAGGGUCAGCUGGGCUGGACAGUAUGGAGUUAAAGUGGGAGGAAAUUAAACAGUUCCUCCACAUGGAAACUCAAAACAUUGGUGAGGUUCCGUCUGCUCCAACAGUGAAAAGGGAGAGAACUAGAUACGAUUCAACCAGCUCUGUCAUGACCUUGACCUCUAAUGAAGAUGAGGAUUCUGACAGUGACAAAGAUUUUGAUGAUGACUCUGAUUCAGAUUUAGAAGGAGGCCAUGAUAUUGGUUCCCUGAAUCCCUCAGAGAGCCUCAUUGGCACCAAAGAAAAACAGUAUUUCUGGCAGUAUAAUGUUCAGUCAAAGGGCCCUAAGGGCACAAGGGUAAAGUUUGAUCUAGAAGAGGACCCUCAUGUACUGAAUGACUUUGAAGACCCGGUGUUUGGUUCCACAAGUAGUGGGAACUUGGCUAGUAUUGGGGUUUCAAUCAAGCAUGGGGGUAAGGCAAGGAAAGGGGAUGGAAAUGACAUUGUCCCAAGUCCCAAAAAGUUAUGUCAAAUAGGCCUGCAGUUAAGAAAGAUAAAUGGGCAAAUAAAUGACUUUGUUCCAGCUAGCGAGCUUCCAUCCCAGGCAAGAAGUAAAUCGAGAAAAGAGAAAAACAAGCUUGCUUCAAGGGCAUGUCGGUUGAAGAAGAAGGCACAACAUGAAGCAAACAAAGUGAAGUUGCACGGGUUAGAGUUGGAGCACCGUCGUCUGCUGACUGUGAUACAUCUCAUUCGACAGAAGCUUUAUACGCGUCUUAAAAAAGAGCAGACGGAUGACAAACGAUCAAUGUCCGAGAUUCUUGAAUCUCUUAUUAAAAAACAUCUUGGAGAAAUGGUUGGAGGUCACACAACUGACUAUGUAAACAGCGUGAUUCACAAAGUAGAGGCUGGAGAUCAUACCGGUGGCAUCUUAGUUCAGGCGACAAGAUCCUACCCCAAGGAGUUACAUAACUGAGUUUUAACAAGGGGAUGUAACAUACCUGGGGAUAUAUGACUGAGUUUUAACAAGGGGAAGUAACAUACCAGUGGAUAUACGACAAUGUCUCAACAAUACCUACAGUUAGCCAGUGCAUAAUUUACUAACAUUUGAUUCCUGGCAUUUUUCUCACCAAUUUAAAAGAUUCAACAUUCUAUAUUUGUCAUAAGUGUAAUCUUAUAUCACAAGCUGCUUUAAAUUGUAUAAAUCAAACAGCUAUCAGUCGUAGUUACUAUGGUUACAUGUCAUUCUGUAUGUUACCAUCAGAGGUCGAAGUUCAAGGUCAUGUGACAUUAGCUCGUUUAUUUUUGUAUUGUUUGAAAUCUCGACUACAUCUUAGAACAUUGUUGAACAUUAUAAUAAAAAACAUCUAUUAUGAUCUGUAUCUAUAUAUAAUUUUG